AUGCUGCGCAUCACGACGAGCGCCGAUCGCGGCGGCAAGGGCGGAACAGACGCGACAGACGACGGGGCUGCCACCUCCCCCUCCCCGUCGCUUUCCCCCUCGCCUUCCCCUUUAUCCCCCGCGCUUUCCCCUUUCUCCCCCACGCCUCCGCCGUUCUCCCCGUCGUCCGCGUCCGCGCAAAUCAGCCGGCGCCGGCUGCACAUGAGCUACGACUUCGACGGGGAGAGCAGCAGCGGCGGGGAGGGCGGCGCAGGCGGAAGCGGAAGCGCGCGUCGAGUGCGGCAGGGGCACCGCAGCUUCUCCCACCGCUCCGGAGUGCUCUCCCCUCCCGAUACUUCCUCCUUAGGAUCGCCCGCCCCCGCCGCCAGGCCCGCCAGUCCCCUGGGCAGUCCGCGCAGAAGCGCGAUUGGGGGGCUUGGCGCGCUUGUAGAGGGUGGGGGCGGGGAGGCGGGAUUGGCGCUCAGGCCCUUGCGGCUGGGGAAGGGGAGUCCAGGCGGGGGCGCCGCAGUCGGACCUGCCGAAAGGUCAGUGGUGAGGAGGGUCGGCGGAGACGGGGGAACAGGCGCAGAGCUGCGUGAUAGCGGUGGCGCGGGGGAAGAGAGCCGGCGGAGUGGGGCGGGUUUAGGUAGUGAGGCUAGGGUGGGGGAGGAAGGGAGCGAGGUGGGCGCAGUCGGUGCCAGGGGCGAGGCUGCGCGGAGUGAUGUGCUCGCGGGGGCGCAAGAGGCGCGGGCGCAAGGUCAAGCGAAAGAGCAAGCGCGUGACGGGACAGCAGCAGCGGCAGCAGGCGCCCUCGGAACGCCCAAGUCCGCCCCCGCGUCCCCCAGCUGGCUGGGCGGGUGGGCGGGCCUGCUGCUGGGCGCAGGCGGGGGGGAGGCGGGCGUGGCGGAAGAGGGGAAGGGGGAGGCGGGCAAGGGGCAGGAUGGUGCAGGUAGAGCGGGCGGGCUGAGCUUGCUGUCCCCGUUCGCGUGGAAGGGAGGCGGGAUGUGGGGGGACGGCGGUAAGGGGAAGGGAGGGGAGGGGACGGGGGAAGGGGAUGGGACGAAGCAGGGGGAGGGAAGAGCGGGCGGUGAGGAGAAGGCAGCAGGCGGGGAGAAUGAAGGAGGGGGCAUGGGAGAGGCGCAGGGCUGGGGGGGACAGGAGCGCGCAGGGGAGGGAGACGAGCGGGAAGCAGAGGAAGGGAGGAAAGAGGAAGCAGGGGAGGCGGAACGGGAAGGCGUGAGGAAUGGGGAAGGGGAAGAAGAUGAGGAGCGUGCUUUGGAAAGAGGGGCGAGCAGUGGUGAUGCGCGGAGCAGGAGCGUGGAGGGCAGGGGCCAAGGGAAGGGAGCGGCUGACCAUGACAGUGACUUUGCGUUCCGAGCAGCGCAGUGGGGCGACGGUGGGGGUGGGCUACGGGAUGGGGGUGUGGGGGUGGUGGCGCAGGAUGGUGGGGUGAUGCGGGAUGGUGGGGUGUUACGGGAUGGUAUGGGGAUGGAUAAUGUUUAUAAUCCAAAUACGGAUGACUCUGAUAGCGAGGAUAUAUGGAGAAGUUGCAAAACAGAGCUAGGUGAACACGAGAAGGUGGAUAGCGAUGAUAGUGGCAGCAGCGAGCAAGCUAGUAACGAGAAUAGAGGGAACGUUGAGGCUCAUAGCGAUGGCAGUGGGCUGCUUGAGGGAGCCAAUAGUGAGGACGCUGGUAAUGAGGAAGCUAGUAGUGAGGACAGUGAGAGUGACGAGACUAGUAUGACGGAUGCUGAAAGUGAGGUGGGAAGUAGUGAGAGUGAUAGUGAGAGUAAGAGUAAGAGUGAGAUCAAGAGUAAGAGUGACAGUGACAGUGAGAGUGAGGGUGAGAGUGAGAGUGAGGCUAAGGUUAAGAGUAAGAUUGAGAGUAAGAGCAAGAGUGAGAGUGAGAGUGAGAGUGAGGGUGAGAGUGACAAUGAGAGUAAGAGUAAGAUUAAGCAUGAGAGUGAAAGUGAAAAUAAGAGUGAGAGUGAGAGUGAAACUAGGAAUGAGAGUGAGAGUAAGAUUAAGGGUACGAGGGAGAGGGAGAGUGAGGGUGAGAGUGAGAGUGAGAGUGGGAGUGAAAUUGAGAGUGAGAGUAAGAGUAAGAGUAAGAGUAAGAGUAAGAGUAAGGGUACAAGUAAGAGUGGGAGUGAGAGUGAGAGUGAGAGUGAAAGUGAGAAUAAGAGUAAGAGUACGAGUACGAGUGAGAGUGAGAGUGAGGGUGAGAGUGAGAGUGAUAGUAAGAAUAAGAGUAAGAGUAAGGGUAAGAAUGACAGUGAGAGGGAAAAUAAGAGCGAGAGUGAGAGUGAAACCGAGAGUGGGAGUGAGAGUGAAACCGAGAGUGGGAGUGAGAAUGAAACAAAGAGUGAAAGUGAGAGUAAAAUUAAGAGUAAGAGUGAGAGUGAGAGUGAAACCGAGAGUGAGAGAAGGGAGCAAAGGGAGCAAGACGGGGGGCAUGAAGGGUGUGGGGAGAGUGAGGGAGCAGUGGAUGGGGACGGGCGGGCAGGGCUUGAUGGCGAGAAGGGUGGGAGAGAGCUGGCUGCGGGGGAGGAACGAGAGGAAGAGGAGGAAAGCGAGGACGAUGAACGGACGGAGCAAGAGGAGGAGACAGAAGCACAGGGCGCGGCGAGGAAAGGGGAGGCGGGCGAUGAGGAGAGUGGGGAGGAAGGAGGGGAGAAGGUAGAGAGUACUAGAGCCCCUGGUGCUUUAGGUGGUCUGGUUGGUGCUAGUAUUGGUGCUGAUGGUGGUGGUGGUGAGGAAGGGGGGAAUUCUAGGACAAACGAUAGUGAGAACAGCAGGGCAGGGGGUGGCAGUGUCAGGGACGGGUGUGAGGAAAGGAGGGGAGAGGGUGAGGAGAGAGGGGGUAGACUCGAGGAGGAACAGCAGGAGAGUGAGGAGGCAGGGGAGAAAGUCGAGGAGGGAGGGACGGAGAGUGAGGAGAGGGGGGAGAGGGAGGAGAGGGAGGAGAGGGAGGAGAGGGAGGAGAGGGAGGAGAGGGAGGAGAGGGAGGAAAGGGAGGAGAGGGAGGAGAGGGAGGAGAGGGAGGAGAGGGAGGAGAGGGAGGAGAGGGAGGAGAGGGAGGAGAGGGAGGAGAGGGAGGAGAGGGAGGAGAGGGAGGAGGGGGAGGAGAGGGAGGAGAGGGAGGAGAGGGAGGAGAGGGAGGAGAGGGAGGAAAGGGAGGAGAGGGAGGAGAGGGAGGAGAGGGAGGAGAGGGAGGAGAGGGAGGAGCAGUGGGUGGAACCCGUGGGUGGCGGGAACGAGGCAACAGCGACUGGAGUGAGGGUUGCUGUGGGUGGUGCUGGUGCGCAGAUACAGAGUGAGAGUGAACGCAGUGAGAGUGAGAGCAGUGAGAGUGAGAGCAGUGAGAGUGAGAGUGAGGGUGAGGAAAAGGAGAGGGAGAAAGAAGGUGAGAGUGAGGGGAGUGAGGGAGAGAGUGACAAUGAGGGGACUCAGGGAGAGAGUGAGAGUGAGAGGGAGGGUGAGAGUGAGAGGGACGAGGGAAUGGAAGGGCAAGUAGAGUGUGAGAGAGAGGGGUGUUUGAAGGGUGUUGAAGCAGCACCACCGGUGAAGGCUGCUGUGGGUGUUGUGGAGGGGGAAGAGGGUGGGGGCAGUGAGAGUGAGGGGUCUGGGAGUAAGAGUGAGAAAAAGAGUGCGGAGGGAGGGGAAGGGAAGGUGGAGCAUGGAAAGCAGGAGGAAGAGCCUUGGGCUGAUGUUGACGCCACAACAGCGGCUGCACCGAUGGGUGGAGUGGGUGGUGUGGAGCGGGAAGAGAGUGGGGGGAGUGAGAGUGAGAGUGAGGGUACUGAGAGGGAUAGUGGGAGUGAGAGCGAGAGUGAGAAUGAGGAGACUAAGGUUGGGGAGAUUGAGAAUAAAGAGAGUGGAAGUAAGUUGAGCGGGAGUGAGGGAAGUGAGAGUGAGGAGAGUGAGAGUGAGAGUGAGGGAGAGGAGGGGCAGGAAGGGCAGGUAGAGCAUGAGAAAGAGGGGACCUUAAAGGGUGCUGGAGCGACCACACCAGCUGCAGCGGUGGGUGGGGAUCAGGAACAGAGAGAGGGGAGCGAGAGCGAGAGCGAGAGUGAGGAGAGUGAGAGUGGGGUUGAGGGUGAGAGAGAGGAGGGGCAGGAAGGGCAGGUGGAGUAUGAGGAGGGGCAGGAAGGGCAGGUGGAGUAUGAGGAGGGGUCCUUAAAGGGUGUUGAAGCGACAGCGCCAGCUGCACUGUUGGCUGCUGCUGUGGGUGGUGUGGAGCAGGAACAGAGUGAGGGGAGCGAGGGUGAGAGUGAGAGUGAGAGUGAGAGUGAUAUUGAGAGUGUGGAAGAAGGGGACGGGAAGGUGGAGCAUGGGAAGGAGGGGGAGGGGCUCUUGAACGGUGUUGAAAUCACAGCAGCAGCUGCACCGAUGGUUGCUUUGUGUGGUGUGGAGCAGGAACAGAGUGAGGGGAGUGAAAGUGAGAGUGAGAUGGAAGGUGAGAGGGAGAGGGAGAGUGAAACUGAGGAGACUAAGGUUCCGGAGAUUGAGAAUAAGGAGAGUGGGAGUAUGUUGAGCGAGAGUGAGGGAAGUGAGAGUGAGGAGAGUGGAAGUGAGAGUGAGAGGGAGAGCGAGAGGGGGACUGAAAGUGAGAGUGAGAGUGAGAGUGGGAGUGAGAGUGAGAGUGAAGUGCUGGUGGAGCAUGGGCAGGAGGGGACGUUGGAUGGUAUGGAGAGCUCAGCUCCCCCUUCUGGAUCGAUGGCUGCUGCUGUGGGUGGUAAGGGGCAGGGACAGAGUGAGGGGAGCGAGAGUGAGAGUGACAGCGACGAUGAGGACGGAGUGGAGGGGCAGGUAAAGUGCGGUACGGAGGGGUGCUUAGAUGACGAUGAAGUGGCAGCGCAAGCUGCACCGGCGGCUGCUGCCGUGGGUGGUGUGGGUGAGGAACAGAGUGAAGGGCGUGAUAGUGAGAGUGAAUACAGAGGUGAGAACGUAAUGGAGGCGCAGGUAGAGAGCAGUUCUGAGCGGUGCUUGGAUGAUGAUGCAGCAGCAGCGCCAGCUGCACUGGUGGCUGCUUCUGUGGGUGGUGUGGGGCAGGGACAGGGUGAGGGGCGUGAGAGCGAGGAGACCAAGGGUGGGGAGAUUAAGGACAAGGAGAGUGCGAGUAAGUUGGGCCAGAGUGAGGGACGUGAGAGUGAGGAGAGUGAGAGUGAGAGUGUAGAGAGUGAGAGUGAGAAUGGGAGUGUGAGUGAAGAAAGCGAGAGUCAGAGUGAGAGAGAGGAGAGUGCGAAUGAGAGUGAGAGAGAAGAGAGUGGGAUUGAAAGCAAGAAGGAGGAGAGUGGGAGUGAGGGAAGUGGAGAGAGACAAGGGGAUGCAGGGGAGAUGAUUGAACAGGAGAAGGAAGGUGGGGGGCACAAUAGCGGGUGGGGUGAGACGGACGGUGGGAGUGAGACUGGGAGUGAGAGUGAGAGUGAGAAUGUGAGCGAGGAUGAGAGUGAGACUGAUAGUCAUGGAGAACAUGUAAGGAGGCUGGUUGAUGCUGUUGCUGCUGCUGCUGUUGAUGCCGCUGCUGCUGCUGAUGCUGUUGCUGCUGCCGCUGCAGCUGUUGUUACUGCUGCUGCGGCAGCUGCCGCGGCUGAUGCCGAUGCUGAUGCUGCUGCUGGUGCUUAUGCUGGUGCUGAUGCUGAUGCUGCUGCUGCUGCUGCUGCUGCUGCUGCUGCUGCUGCUGCUGCUGCUGCUGUUGGUGCUGAUUUUGCUGCUGGUGCUGGUGCUGAUGCUGAUGCUGCUGCUGGUGCUGAUGCUGAUGCUGGUGCUGGUGCUGAUGCUGAUGCUGAUGCUGCUGCUGGUGCUGGUGCUGUUGCUGAUGCUGCUGCUGCUGCUGGUGCUGCUGCUGCUGCUGCUGCUGCUGCUGAUGCUGCACCUGAUACUUCCUGGGCUGCCUCUGCUGCUGCAUCAGGUGUUGAGGAAGGGCAAGAACUGGAACAGGCAGGUGAAGGGCCGGAGUUGGAACAGGCAGGUGAAGCACACGGGAAGGAGAGCAGCGAGGAGGACGGUGAGUGUGAGCAUGGCAGCUCAACUCAAUUUGACGUUCAUGCCACUCCAGCUGCCAGCCAUGCCACCUGCAGGGCUGAAGUACCAGAGAGUGCAGCAGUGCUGGAAGUGCUGAGUCCAGUCUUUGCUGCUGCGCCGCACAGCAGACCCGCCCUGCAGGCUCCCUGGGACGACGAUGACGGCGAUGGUGAGAGUGCUCGUGGCCUGGUUGCAGCUGUGGAUGCAGCGGGUGAGGGGGAGCAGCAUAGGGGGAGGAACGGGGGUAGGGAGGGUGCGGGGGCAGUGCAGGACAUGUUUGUAGCAGAGGAGCUGGCGGCUGAGGGCGUGGAGGAGGGGAGUGAGGUGGUGGAGAGUGAGGGAGUGGGGACAGCAGUGGGGGGUAAAGUAAUGAGGGCGGCAGUGGAGAGUGAUAAAGGGAGGGCGGCAGCUGCAGUGCAGGACAUGUUUGUGGCAGACGAACUGGCGGCUGUGGGCGAGGAGGAGGAAGGGAGUGGGGAAGUGGAGGAGAGUGAGGGAGAGAAGGGGUCGGCAACGAAUGAGGGAGUGGGGGCGGCAUUGCAGGGUGAUGCAGCGAGGGUGGCAGUGCAGGAUAUGUUUGUGGCGGACGAGGUGGCUGCUCUGGAGGUGCAGAAAGGGAGCAGGGAAGUGGAGAGCGAGGGAGUGCGGGCGGCUGCAGUGGAGGGUGAUGGAGGGAAGGCGGCAGUGCAGGAUAUGUUUGUGGUGGACGAGUUAGUUGCUCUGGGUGCAGCGGAAGUGAGCAGGGAAGUGGAGAGCGAGGGGGAAAAGAUGGCACAUGCGAGUGAAGGGGUAUGGGCAGUAGGGACGGGUGAUAGAGUGAGGGCGGCAGUGGGGAGUGAUGAAGGGAGCACCGCAAUGCAGGACAUGUUUGUGGGCGGGGAACUGAUUACCCUGGGCAUGGAAGUACAAAGCAGGGCGGUAGAGAGGGAUGAAGAGAGGCGGGCAGUAAAGAAUCAGGGAGUGGGUACGGCAGUGGAGGAGGGAAAUGCAGUAAGGGGGCCAGGGCAGGACAUGUUUGUGGCGGGGGAACUUUCUGGCCUGGGGGUGGAGGACGGGAGUGGGACCGUGGAGAGGGAUGGAGAGGAAUGGGCGGUGCAGCACGAGGGAGUGAGAAUGCGAGUGGCGAGUGAGAGUGAGAGAGGCGAGAAGCAGGACAUGUUUGUGGAGGGCGAGCUGGUUGCCCUGGGCGUGGAGGAGGAAGGGGGUGUGAAAGUGGAGAGCGAGGGAGAGAAGAGGGCAGGGGAGAGGGCGGCAGGGCAGGACAUGUUUGUGGCGGGGGAGCUGGUUGCUCUAGGCGUGGAGGAAGGGAGUGGGAAAAUGGAGAAUGAGGGAGUGGGGGCAGCAGUGGCGAGUGGUGGAGGGAAGGCGGCAGUGCAGGAUAUGUUUGUGGAGGGGGAGCUUGCUGGGCUGGGCGUGGAGGAAGAAAGUGGGCCAGUGAAGAUGGAGGGGGAGAAGGACGCAGUACGGACUGAGGGGCUGAGGGCGGUAGUGGGGAGUGAUGCAGGGUGGCUGGCAGUGGGGAGUGCUGAAGAGAGGGAGGCGGUGCAGGACAUGUUUGUGGAGGGGGAGCUUGCUGGGCUGGGCGUGGACCGGGAGGGCCCCACAUCCCCCACGCCCCCCACAGCCACUUCCCCCACGCCCCCCACAGCCACGUCCCCCACGCCCCCCACAGCCACAUCCCCCACGCCCCCCACAGCCACGUCCCCCACGCCCCCCACAGCCACAUCCCCCACGCCCCCCACAGCCACGUCCCCCACGCCCCCCACAGCCACAUCCCCCACGCCCCCCACAGCCACCCCCCCCACGACGCCCAAGAGCGGUGUGAGUCCGAACGCGCGGCAGCGCAUGCAGCGGGCGGCGAGGAAGCUGCAGUUCGUCACGUUCCUGCGCUCGCACAUGGGGGGGAAGGCGGAGGGCGGGGCUGGUGGGACACACGUGGGGAACAUGGCGGAGGGUGGGGCGCACGUGGGGGGAAGGGUGGAGGGUGAGGCGCAGGUGGGGGGAAGAGCGGAGGGUGAGGCAGGUGGUGCGCAGGUGGGAGGCAGGGCGGAGCAUAGGACUGAUGAGGAGCGACGGAAUGACCUUGAAGUCAAACUGGAGAGAGAAGCGAGGGUGGGUUGGGACGGCCCUGUGGGUGGUGAGGGGGAGAGGUUGGUGGUUGGUGAGAGCACAGCGAGUGUGAUGGAGGCAAUGCAGCGUGCUGAUGGUUCUCUGGGUGGUGGGGCGGACAGCUCGAUAGGUGUUGGCGGCACAGCACGUGUUGAGGAUGCGGUUGAGCGAGGGGGAAGGCUGUCUCCGGUUGGAGAUGCACUGGAGUUGCGGGAGGGGGAUAGGGAGGAGAUGGGGGCCGAGGCGGCAAGGGGAGGGAGAGAGGGGUUGGAGAGUGAAGGGGAUCGGGAAGAGGGAGAAAUGGAGGAGAGGAAAGAAGGAAGUGCAGAAGGAGAAGGUGGAGAGAGGGAGGAGGGAGAAGGGAGGGAAGAGGAAAGAGAGGGGAGAGAAGAGGUGGGAGAGGGGAGGAAGGAGGAGGGAGAGGGGAGGGACGACGAGGGAGAUGGGAGGAAAGGGGAGGGACUGGAGAAAGAGAGUGAAGGGAAAGGGGAAGUGGGAGGGGAGAGGGAGAGUAAAACGCGGAAAGAAGAGGAUGAAGGCAAGGUGAGUGAAGUGGAUGGAGAGACUUGGGAGUGUGAGGUGGAGGAAAGAGAGAAAUAUGAGGAGGAGGAUUCAAGGGAUGAGCAGGCAGGGGGCAAUGGUGUGUGGAGCAAGGGAGAGGAGGCAGGGAGUGAGAGGCAUGUGACAGAAAAUUCAAGGGCAAGUGAGAGACGGCAGGUGGAACAGUACAUUGAGAGCGGUGAGGCGGUGCUACAGGCGGUGCUACAGGCGGAGGAGGGGAGUGAGAAGAAGCAAGAGGUAGAGAAGGAAGGGAGUGGUUCGCCUUGUGCCCCCGACUCCCCUGCAUCCAUUCCGGAGUCUCCCACCUCUGGCGUUGCUGCCUCCAGCAUUCCGCCUGCCCUCCCUCCCCCUCCUCCUGCAGUGGCUGACUUGAGGGUUGACGAGAGCGAGGGGGGGAAGAGUGAAGAAGAGGGAGAGAGGGCGGAGAGGGAAGAGGAGGGAGGGGAAGGAGAGAAGGGGGAGAGUGAAGAGGAGGGAGAGAAGGGGGAGAGUGAAGAGGAGGGCGAGGAGGGAGAAAAAGGGGAUAGUGAAGAGGAGGGAGAGGAGGGAGAGAAGGGGCAGAGUAAAGAGGGAGAGUUGGUGCGACAUGAGGAGGGGAGUGCAAUUGGGGAUGAGGCGGGAGAGGGUGUUGGUGGUGUGGUUGACCAGGGACUGGGUAAAGGGGGCGAGGAGUGGGAGGGACAGGCGGGUAAAGUGGGGCAUGUGGAGAGGCGGGCGCCGGCAGAGGAUGACGCGAGGCAUGAUAGCAGCAGCGUCAGUAGCACAGCAGGAGCAGCAGCAGUGACGGCAGCAGCAGCCGCAGCAGCAGCAGUGGCGGCAGCAGCAGCAGCAGCAGCUGGAGUGGUGCCCGGGGCACUGGAGCCUCUGCAAUCUGCUGUCAAGUUGCCCGCCUGGCAGCCGGUCGACCAAUCAGAAGACGCCGCCACCUCACACACUUCCGGUGGUGGAGGCAUCUCCUCUCCCACCAGCACCGAUGCUGCUCCUCAUGCCGAGUCACCCUGUAACGAGGACGCCACAUCCUCAUCUCUCUCCCCUGAUGCUACAUCCCCGUCUGUCUCCCUCAGCUCUCCCACAUUCAUUACUGCGCCUCCUGCCACCUCCUCCUCUCUCCUUGCAGAUACCAACUCCCCCCAUCACCCUAACCCUGCAUCCCCCCGUUCCCCCACCCCCACCUCCCCUCAUCUGCCCACCUCUGGCUCUCCUCGUGUCAAUGAAGCGGGGUCCCCCACUUCAGUCCCCGACUCCCCCACCUUUGGACUCACUAGUAGUACCCCUGUCAUUGCGAACCCUACUUCUGCUGCUCCGGCUGCUGUGGCUGCUGCUGCCGUUCUGGGUGACCCGAGCACGGACUCGCCCACAUUCACCCCGGAUUCACCAACCUUCGGGUUCGCUGCCCCCAGCGUCGCGAGCGCGGGAGCACAUGCUUCUGCUGCCACUGCUGCCAGUGCUGCCAGUACUGCCAGUGCUGCCAGUGCUGCCGCUGCCGCUGCUGCUGGCGGGUGGGGGAGUGUCUCUGCAGCGGCUGCAGGCGCCCUCGGCGAUUCCUCCCCUCCCACUGUGGAUUUCUGGCGUGCCGACUCUCUUGACUCUGUUGACUCUGCCGACUCGACUGCUCUCGAUCACGAUGCUCUUGAUGGGCGUGAGUAUGAUGCCCCCAGCGCUGCCAAAGCCCACACAGAGGAUGCUGCAGCUGGAGAACUGCUAGCAGGAGUGGCACUGCAGGAGGCAGAGCAGGGUGGGAAGCAGGAGGCAGAGCAGGCGGGGCAGCAGGAGGAGGUAGAGCAAGCGGGGCAGGGGGGCGAGCGAGUGGACUGCCUGAUUGAGGACUCGGUGCACUCCAUGCUCUUUGGGCCCAAUCUCGUUGCCACUAUUUCCUCUUCUGCAUGCCACACCCCUCCCAUCGUCCGUCCUGUCUCUCCCUGCCCCUCCUCGCCCCCGCUACAGGCUGAAGGUGCCUCCGGAGCUUCAACUCCAGUCACUUCACAACCAGCAUCACCAUCACCCCUGUCAACGCACACCGACACCGCCCUGGCGUCCCUGGCGUCUAUCUUCGACCGCCACAUGGAGGAGCGCGAGAGAGCAGGGGACCCACCUCCAUCUCUCACCACUGCCAUCUCACAACCCAUUCUAACUCCCCCUCCCCCAUCCAUUCCUUCUCUACCUGUCCGCCCCUCCUCGCCUCCCCGCCCCGCCUUUCCCUCCUCUGCCUCCUCUCCCGCCCCCUCACUCCGCCCCUCCCCCUUUCCCCCCUCACCUUCCUCCAAACCCCCAUCCCUGCCCCGCCCUUUCCCUCCCUCCAGCCCCCGUUCCCGCCCCUCUUCCCCUUCCCUCCCCCGUCCCUCUUCCCCCUCCUUUCCCCACCCCCCGCUCUCCCCCUCUCCCUCCCCCCGCCCCUCCAACCUUCGCACUCUAUCUCGCCGGCGCCCCCCUUCCCCCCCAAUGCCCUCCCCCUCUUCCCGCCCCCGCGCCCUCCGCCCCCUCACAGUGGUAGCAGCUGCCUCGGAAGGCACCUCCUACUCCCCCCGCGCCUUCCCCAUCCUCUCCCCCUCCGCCUCCCCUCGCACCCGCUCCGCCUUCUCCCCGUCCUCCUCCCCUCCCUGCUCUCCCUCACUCUCCUCCGCUCCUCCUCCCUCCCAGACCUUCUCACUCCCAUCCUUUCUCUCGGACCGCUACCUACCCUCCUCCUCCUCCACCUCCUCCUCCUCACCCAUUGUCACAGGCACACCUGCUGCUGCUGCCUCCUCUGCAGCGGAUUCCGACCACCCUUUCCCCACCCAGCCACCUUUGCUUGUGCUGGACUUUCCACCGUCUUUAAACCCUGCAAGUGAUUCUGAAAAAGUACCAGGUGAACCUUCAGGUGAAUCUUCAGAAAAAUCACCUGAGGAUGAAUCACCUGAAAAUGAAUCUGAAGAUGAAUCACCUGAAGAUGAAUCACCUGAAGAUGAAUCACCUGAAGAUGAAUCAACUGAAGAUGAAUCACCUGAAGAUGAAUCACCUGAAGAUGAACCAUCCUCUACAGCAGCAGCAAGAAGCAGCAGCAACAGUGAUGUUCACUCUGUUGACCCUGUUUGCCCUGUUGACUCCUUCAACUUUGCUGGCCCGGUUGACCCCAUCGAUCCUAUUGGUCCUGUUGAUUCCAUUCACCCCGUUGACCCUGCUGCCACCCUGCUGUUGGCUGCUGUGCCUGCCUGUGAGCCUGCCGACACAGGAGAGGAAAGAGGUGGAAGCAAGGGAGAGGAAAGAGGUGGAAGCAAGGGAGAGGAAAGAGGUGGAAGCAAGGGAGAGGAAAGAGGUGGAAGCAAGGGAGAGGAAAGAGGUGGAAGCAAGGGAGAGGAAAGAGGUGGAAGCAAGGGAGAGGAAAGAGGUGGAAGCAAGGGAGAGGAAAGAGGUGGAAGCAAGGGAGAGGAAAGAGGUGGAAGCAAGGGAGAGGAAAGAGGUGGAAGCAAGGGAGAGGAAAGAGGUGGAAGCAAGGGAGAGGAAAGAGGUGGAAGCAAGGGAGAGGAAAGAGGUGGAAGCAAGGGAGAGGAAAGAGGUGGAAGCAAGGGAGAGGAAAGAGGUGGAAGCAAGGGAGAGGAAAGAGGUGGAAGCAAGGGAGAGGAAAGAGGUGGAAGCAAGGGAGAGGAAAGAGGUGGAAGCAAGGGAGAGGAAAGAGGUGGAAGCAAGGGAGAGGAAAGAGGUGGAAGCAAGGGAGAGGAAAGAGGUGGAAGCAAGGGAGAGGAAAGAGGUGGAAGCAAGGGAGAGGAAAGAGGUGGAAGCAAGGGAGAGGAAAGAGGUGGAAGCAAGGGAGAGGAAAGAGGUGGAAGCAAGGGAGAGGAAAGAGGUGGAAGCAAGGGAGAGGAAAGAGGUGGAAGCAAGGGAGAGGAAAGAGGUGGAAGCAAGGGAGAGGAAAGAGGUGGAAGCAAGGGAGAGGAAAGAGGUGGAAGCAAGGGAGAGGAAAGAGGUGGAAGCAAGGGAGAGGAAAGAGGUGGAAGCAAGGGAGAGGAAAGAGGUGGAAGCAAGGGAGAGGAAAGAGGUGGAAGCAAGGGAGAGGGAGCCCUGCCUGCUGCUGCUGCUGCUGCUGAUGGCACAGUGGCAGGGGCAGGGGCAGCAGUGGUGUGUACAGCAGACACAGGAGAAGGUGGUGACAGAGGGGGAGAUGAAGCACUGCCUACUGCCUCUCUUGCACCCCCUGCAUCUGCUGUCCCUGCUGCCCCUGCUGUUGCGGUUGCCGGCACAGCGGCAGUGGGAGCAGCAGCAGCGGUUUUUGCUGCUGCAGUGGCUGGUGCGGGCGGCAGCUCGCCUGAAGUGGAGGGUAGGAGGGAGGAAUCAGACGGUAGGGAGGCAGUGGAGGGAAGGGAGGAGAAGAGUGGGACAGACCAGUCUGACAGGGCAGAGGGGCGAGUGAAUGGAAGUGAGAGGAGUGGGGAGGGCGAUGAGAAGGGGAGCAGUAUGCCUGCCAUGGUGGCGGUACCAGAUGGUGCCACCACGGGAACAGCAGCGACGGUGACACCACUUGCGACCUCCUUGGAGGCUCCUUCUCUGUUGGUGGAACCGGGCGUGUUAGCACCUGCCUCAGCAACAUUGCCCAGGCCAAUGGUUGCCACUGCAGCUGGUGAUGGCAGCGGCAUGGGGAUGGGCAGUGGCAUUGAGGAGGCUGAGCUUACUUUCAGCACCACCAUCGCCCAUGCUAGCAGUGGCAGCAGCAGCAGUGCAAGUGAGGGUGCAAGUGUUGCAAGCAGCAUGACACCAGCUGUCUCUGCGGAAUCUGCUCCCCACAUGCCUCUCUUCCGCCCCAAGGCCCCUCCUCCCCUCCCGCUCUCUCCUCGGCCCCUGUCUCCCCUGCGUUCCAAGCAGUACCUUGCGCUCUUCUCCUCCCCUCCAAUGUCCCCGGAUCUAAAAAAGCAGCAGCAGCAACAGGCAGCAGCAAGGAGGGUGGACUCUCCCCCUCUCUCCCCGCAGCAAAUGUCUGCUCUCUCGCCGUCACCUCCCCGUACGAGACCGGCGAGAGCAUCGGCAGCUGGGUGUGACGUGGCAGGUCUUGCGGACGUGGCAGAUGAUGCUCACGUGGAAUUUUCCUCUGAUGCCGCCAGCAGCGCAGGUACCCCUGCAGUGGCUGGAUUGGGCCUGCGGACAGUGUGCUCCGGUGAAGUGGAAGAGGAGAAAGAGAGGGAGGAGGGAGAGGAGGGAGAGGAAGGAGGGGAGGGAGAGGAGGUAGAGGAGGUCGAGGAGGGGGGAGAGGGAGUGGAGGAAGAGGAGGAUGAAUGGAAGGAGGGCAACAGAGGGGAGCAAGGGCAGGAGCAGAAAGGCUCUACAGCCUUUGUGGCGGUUCCUAUCCCUGUCCACACUAGCCCUGAUGACCUCUCCACUCGUGCCACGUCCCCCGCUCCUGCUGCUGCAGCAGCAGCGGCGGGUGGGGUGCGGGAUAUACAAGGGCGAGUGAAGGGUCUGGCGUCCAUGUUUGAAGCCAAGUUGGCAGCCAAGCAUCAGAAGCAGGCAGCGCCGCUGCCCCUCGCCACCACCACCACCACCACGCCUGCCCCUACUGCACCUUCCCACACCACCUCCCACACGCCUUCACCGCUCACAGCUUCCCCAACGGCUACCACCCCAACGGCUACCACCCCAACGGCUACCACCCCAACGGCUACCACCCCAACAGCUACCACCCCAACGGCUACCUCCCCCACAGAGCCUCCCCCCACAGAGCCUCCCCCCGCAGAGCCUCCCCCCACAGAGCUUCCCCCCACAGAGCCUCCCCCCACAGAGCCUCCCCCCACAGAGCCUCCCCCCACAGGGCCUCCCCCCACAGGGCCUCCCCCCACACUGCCUCCCCCCACAGAGCCUCCCCCCACAGAGCAUGCCCCCACAGAGCCUGCCCCCACAGAGCCUCCCCCCACAGAGCCUCACCCCACAGAGCCUCCCCACACGGCGCCCCCGUUGGCAGCAGGCCCUCAGAAGCAGCAGCAGUGGGGGUGGUCGUCCCUUCUCGCCAUGGCCUGGCGCCCCUCCUGGCGCUCUGCUCAACCCCCCGCUCCUGCCUCCGAACCUCCCACCUCCGAACCUCCCGCCUCCGAAGCUCCCACCUCCGAACCUCCCACCUCCGAACCUCCCACCUCCGAAGCUCCCGCCUCCGAAGCUCCCACCUCCGAAGCUCCCACCUUUGAAGCUCCCACCUACGAAGCUCCCGCCUUCAAAGAACCUGCUUUCGAAUCUCUCAUAUCCGAACCUCCUGCCUCCGAACCUCCCUCUUCCGAGGCUUCCACCUCUGAAGCUCCCCCCUCCGAAACUCCCGCCCCCGAAGCACCCGGCUCCCAGGCUGACGUUGCUGGCAGUUGGGGGGUGGAUGAGGAGUCAGGGAGGUGGGCAGGAGAGGAGGCGAGGGAAGCGGGGCAGGAGGAGGAAGGCGGAGCGAGGCAGGGAAGGCGUGACGAAGAGGAUGGUUCAACGACUGAGGCAGCUGUAUUGCUGUUGCAGGAAGAUCUGGGGAAAGCGCUGGAGGCUUCAAGGGCUGUGCUUAGUGGGAGUGAUGAGGAGAGAGAGGGGAGGAGUGAAGGGGAGCGGAGGGGAGGAGGAGAGGAAGUGGGGGUGAUGGUGCAAGGGGAAGGAGGGAGAGAUGGGGAGGAGGGGAGUGCAGAGGUGGAGGGGGUGGCUGUGGGGGGUGUGGAAGCUGUGGAGGAGGAGGAAGAGGAAGAGGCCGACGGGAGAGGGGAUGAGUAUGGGAGGGAAGAUGACGGAGAAGCGGGGGAGUGCGUGUCUGAGGCAGCGAGCUCUAGUGACAAGGAAGCUGACGUGAAGGGUGAUGUGGAAGCUGACGUGGAGGGUGAUGUGGAAGCUGACGUGGAGGGUGAUGUGGAAGCUGACGUGGAGGGUGAUGUGGAAGCUGACGUGGAGGGUGAUGAGGAUGGUGUAGUGGAAAUUGAUCCGGAAGAUGACAUGAAACUUGAUUUGGGAGGAGAGGAGCUGGACGUGGGUCAGCUGCAGCGGGAUAUCGAGGCAGUUCUUAAGGAGGCUUUUAAAUUGAAAGGGAAGGGGUUGGAUGGGGUGUGGCGUGUGACUGUGGUGCGAGAUGGCAGUAAGGAGGGGAGCGUGGUGGAGGUGGAUGCUGGGGAGGUGGGUGUGGGGGAGGUGGGUGUGGGGGAGGUGGAUUUGGGGGCGGACGCUGAUGAUGAGGGGGAGGAUGAUUCAGAGGAGGAGGAAGAGGACGAUGAUAGCUAUGCUGGGGAAGAGGAUGAGGACGAGGAGGAAGAGGAAACGGAUGAAGAGGAAGAGGAGGAGAGCGAGGAGGAGAGUGGGGAGGAGGAGGGGUGUGUGGGGGAUAAGGCGAGGUCAUCAGAAGCAGCUACAGUGCAGGCAGGAUCAGGGCCUGCCAUACCCGUCUUGGCUGCUCGUGCUGCAGAUGUAGCAGUGGCGGCGAGAGAGGGGGGGGAGACGGAGAGCAGUGGGAGCGAGGAAUUCGCGGAUGCACGGGGUGCAUCAGGGGAUUCAGGGGGGUCAGAGGGUCGUGGAGAUCUAGGAAAGGGAGAGGAGGAGGAUGAGAGCGAGGGGGAGGAGGCAAGGGGGCAGCAGCAGUACCUCCCCAGCCUGCACAGCCAACCGCCCUCCUUGCCUCCUCAGACAUCCUCCCUCGCUGCUGUUGCUGCCUCCACUCCUGCUGCUGCUGCCCCCAGUGCCAGCGACAGUUGCGAUGCUGACAGCACUGGGAGCGCUGAGAGCGGUGAAGGCGUGCGGGCGACUGGCGGUGGUGAGAGCAGAGUGGGUGUUGACGGGCCUGGUGGCGCCAUUGAAGGCGCCACGGAUGAGCAACGCACCGAGGAGGAUAGAGUCUGUGUUGACGGCAUGGGCGGCAGUGACAGAAUGGCUGGCAUGGCUGGCAUGGGUGGCAUGGGGGGCAUGGGUGGCAUGGACAGCACGGGCGGCAUAGUGAACAUUGAGGAUGUGGUGGACGACGGUGCCUCUGACAGCUCCUCUGCAUACCUCUAUCACGACGCCCACAUGGAUCGCUUCAGCUCCGCCUCCUCCCUGCGCUCCGCUUCCUUCCGAAGCACCACCUCUUUCCGCAGCACUGCCUCUGCUUUCGAUGACGCUGCCUCCUCCUUUGAUGACACAGCCAGCACCAUUGCCGGCUACCAAACCCCGCCCACCUUUCCGCCCUCCCCCGCCUACUCCUUUUCCUCCGCCCCCUCCCCCUCCCGCCUCUCCCUCACCUCCCGCUCCUUCUUCCCGUCCCCGUUCCCCCCGACCCUCUCCACGCCGCACCUCUCUCCCCCCGAGUCCCCUGCCUCUGCAGCCUCGGAAGCACUCUACUCUGCUCGGGAAUACUUCACCCCGCGCGCCCAGUCCCCGUCUGCUGCCUCUCUGCGCUCUGACCAGCGCUUCUUCAGCAGCCCGGGCGGCACUGACGGCUUUCACACGCCUCUUCAUACCAUGCAGUCGCCGUCUCCCCGUGCCGGCCUGUACCUGCCCUCUCCCCGUGGCACUUUGCGUGCUCCUUCCCCCCGUGGCAGUUUGCGCUCUCCUUCCCCCCGUGCUAGCCUGCGCUCACCCUCUCCCCGUGCUGACCUGCGUGCAACAGCACAGCGAAGCGGCUUCCACACUCUCACUCCCCACUCCGCUCUCCGCUCCCUCUCCCUGCAGCCCGCUCGGCCUUCCUUCGCCGCUGCCAGUGCUGCUGGCGCUCGCAGCCUGGCGGACAGUGGAGGAGAGACAGGAGGUGGAAUAGGAAGAGAAGAAGCAGAGGGCAGGGAUACCAGCAGGGAUAUUGGCCGGAAUGUUGGCAGGGAUGGGCAGCAGCAGCCGGACCAGCAGCAGCAGGACUUGGGCCAGCAGCUAGGGGGAGGGAGGAUGGCGGCAGAGGAGGUGGAGGUGGAGGAGAGCGAGGAUAAGUUUGUGGUGGCUGAGCGGCCUGCUGCUGGUUACUCGCAGCCCGUGCAGCAGGAGCAGCGACAGGCGGAGGGGGGGAGGGAAGAGGAAGAGACAGAAGAGGAGGAGCAGAAAGAAAGCAUACCGCAGGAGAGGAUUAUUCCAGCAGCAGUUCCAGCCGUGGUCGCUGCUGUUGUUCCCAUCCUGAACCCUGACGCCCCAUCCUGUGACCCCACAGCAUCUGAACCCUCUCCCUGCAACCUCUCUGCUGCUGAUGCUGCUGCUCCUGACUCGGCUGCUUCUGGAGAAGACGCCAAGUGGAAGCUGCCUGGAAGGAGCCUGUUUGGUCUCUUUGCACGAGGCGCCGGUGGGAGUGCCAGCAGACGCACUGGGGGGACAGAAGAUGUGGCGGAGGAAGGAGUGGAAGGUGUUGGGGAGAGGGAGACGGGCAGCGGUGAUCCGAGAGGGGUGGAGCACGAGGAUGAGCUUGAGAGCGCUCGGGUUGGGGUGAGGGAGGAUGACGUGGUGGCAGGGGAUACGUUGGGCAGAGUGGAUGGUGGGAUGGCGUUGGGGAGAGCAGAGGGGGAGGAGCAGAAUGAGGAUGAGCCUCGGGAGGAGGAGGAGGUGAAGGGAAACAGCGAUGAGAGGAGACCAGAAGAGGAGCUGCAGAUGGGAGAGGGGCAGGGGGAGGCAGAGGAGGAACGGGUGGAGGUGGUGGAAGGGUCAAAGAGUGCAGCUGGAGGGGUCAUGCUCAAGGGGAGUGGCAGUGCUCCCUCUGUGUCUGCUGCAAUGGCUGCUGGUGCUGCAGCGGCGGCUGCUGCUGCUGCUACUGCUGUUGCUGCUGCCACUCUUCCCAAUCAUCCCCCUGCUCCGCUCUCCCCACCUCCUUUAGCCUCAUUCGAUGCCCCUGUGCCUGCUUCUUUCUCCCGCUCCUCUAACACCUCCCGCCCUCCCCUCUCCUCCUCUCGCCCUCCUGCAAUCCUCCCCACCUCUGCCGCUGCUGCUGGGACCGCUCGGGCUCGGCUGCGGCCUGCUGUGUCCAUCGGCAGUGCUGCUGCCCCAGCUGCUGGGGAAGCUUCUCAGCUCGCCUCAGCGACCCGUGAAGGCCCGAGGACAGGUGCAGUGGGCGCAGCAGGAAAGAGUUCUGCUGCUGGCAGAAGUGGCGGUUUGGAUGGGUUGAGAGGUGCAGAGGAGUCGGUUCCUGGUAUGGAAAGGAUUGGGGAUUGGGAAGAGGGUGGCGAGGAAGAGGAGGGGGAGGUGUUGCAGGGGCUGCGGGUGAAGAACCGGCAGGGCGAGUGGGAAGAGAGUGAGGACUUCAGGCCGCAGUGCUUGCAGCAGCCACAGUGCAUGCCUUCCCUGCACCUGCCCCAUGAGGGAGGGAGCACGGCGGGAGGUGCUGACGCAGGGGGGAAGCGAAAGCACGGUGGCAGACGGGAGCACGAGACCAGGCGGACUGAUGAGGAUGAUGAUGACUCGGUAAGAGAAAGGGAGGUGUGUGGGUGGAGUCAUAAGCAGAUGAGAUCACAACAUUCAUAA